AUGCACUGGCUGCAGAAACUCCAGGGGCUUUUCAUCCUACGGUGGACUCAAAUGUCCUGUCGCACUGUCCACAUUCCUACCAAGCAACUGACAUCUCUGCAGUGGGGCCACCAGGAAGUCCCUGCCCAGUUUAACUUUGCCAGUGAUGUGAUGGAUUACUGGGCUGGCAUGGAGAAGGCGGGCAGCAGAGCCCCCGGCCCGGCGCUCUGGUGGGUGAGCGGCGACGGGGCCGACGUGAGGUGGAACUUCGGUCGGCUGAGUGAGCUCAGCCAGCAGGCGGCCAACGUCCUCUCGGGAGCCUGCGGCCUGCAGCGUGGGGACCGCGUGGCCGUGGUGCUGCCCCGGGUGCCUGAGUGGUGGCUGGUGACUCUGGGCUGCAUGCGAGCAGGCCUUGUCUUCAUGCCCGGGACCAUCCAGAUGACAGCCAAGGACAUUCUGUACAGGCUGCAGGUGUCUAAGGCCAAGGCCAUCGUGGCUGGGGAAGAAGUGGCCCAGGCAGUGGACACCGUGGCACCCGACUGCCCUUCUCUGAAGACGAAGCUCCUGGUGUCUGAGAGAAGUCGGGAUGGCUGGCUGGACUUCAGGACACUACUGCAGGGAGCAUCUACCACUCAUCACUGUGUGGAGACAGGAAGCCAAGAAGCAGCUGCCAUCUACUUCACCAGCGGGAGCACUGGCCUCCCCAAGAUGGCAGAACACUCCCACGCAAGCCUGGGCCUCAAGGCCAAGAUGGAUGCGGGCUCAUGGACAGGCCUGCAAGCCUCAGACCUAAUAUGGACCAUAUCAGACACAGGUUGGAUAAUGAACAUCUUGAGCUCAUUUCUGGAACCCUGGACAUUAGGAGCAUGUGUAUUUAUCCACCUCUUGCCAAAGUUUGACCCACUGGUCAUUAUAAAGGUGCUGUCCAGCUACCCAAUCACCAACCUGGUAGGAGCACCCAUCGUUUACCGAAUGUUGGUACAACAGGACCUUUCCAGUUACAAGUUCCCACAUCUCCAGAACUGCUUCAGUAGCGGGGAGACGCUCCUCCCAGACACGCUGGAGAACUGGAAGUCUCAGACAGGACUGGACAUCCGAGAGUUCUACGGCCAGACAGAAACGGGAAUCACUUGCAGAGUUUCCAAGACAAUGAAAGUGAAACCUGGUCGCAUGGGGACCGCGACUCCUCACUACGACGUGCAGGUUGUAGAUGACAAGGGCCACGUCCUGCCCCCUGGUGCAGAAGGAGACUUGGGCAUCAGGAUCAAACCCAUCAGGCCCAUAGGCAUGUUCUCUGGCUAUGUGGACAAUCUUGAGAAGACAGCAGCCAGCAUUCGAGGGGAUUUUUGGCUCACGGGAGACCGGGCCAUCAAGGAUCAAGACGGAUAUUUCCAGUUCAUAGGGCGGGCAGAUGAAAUCAUUAACUCCAGCGGGUACCGGAUCGGACCCGCAGAGGUGGAGAACGCACUGAUGGAGCACCCCGCUGUGGUGGAGACCGCUGUUAUCAGCAGCCCAGACCCCAUCCGAGGAGAGGUGGUGAAGGCAUUUGUGGUCCUGGCGCCAGCGUUUCUGUCCCGUGACCCAGACCAGCUCACCAAGGAGCUGCAGCAGCAUGUGAAGUCGGUGACGGCGCCGUACAAGUACCCCAGGAAGAUGGAGUUUGUCCUGGACCUGCCCAAAACGAUCUCCGGGAAAGUCCUGCGGACGAAGCUUCGAGAAGAGGAGUGGAAGCGGUCAAGGCCAGCCAGGGCCCCGUGA